AAAAUAGUGUGGUGAAGUGUUUUUCUAAUUUCACCUGUAUUCCUGUCUCACAUAAUAGAAAUCUGCGAGCUGCUGUCAGUGAAUCAGUAAAUGGCGUAACGUCGCGAAUGUUAGCUAACAUUUUUUUGCGAUUAAAAAAUUAGUGUAAACAAAAAACAUGACGGUAACGGGAAUUUUACCAACAUAUCAACGAUUCGUAAAUGGUGUUCCAGUGCCGUUUUCUAGACGAUCUUUUCGACCUAGAGAAAAAUACGUUGUCUUCUUAGUGUUCGUAACAUUCGGUAUUGUAUGUUUUGGCACCUUUUUUUUCUUACCAGAAUUCAGGACCGGCGGCACAGCUGAAAGUGUUUAUAAAGUGUAUGACCAAAUAAAAAGAGCUGGACCAGAUCUUCUUAUUCCUCCACCACCUUUAGAAAACAUAGGAGAAGCACCUAAGCUUCUUCGACAUGAGGAGGAUGUUAAGGAAGAUCCCCAUAUAAUAGGAGAUAGAGCUAAGCUUAGAGCCAAAAUAGAACAAGACGGUGAAUUAAAAGUGCUUGAAAGGCCUGAUGUAGGUAAAAUCAAAACUUCGUCUACAGCUAAACAUUCCAAUUUAGAGGAAUCCCAUGCCGAAAAUUUUGUGAAUCGUAUUAUUAUUCCCGCGGCACAAAGCAAUCAUUAUCCUCUAAUAACAGGGGGUGACGAUGACGAUAUUGUUGCCAGAGAACGCAGGGAUAAAGUUAGAGAGAUGAUGAAACACGCAUGGGACAAUUACGUCAGAUACGCUUGGGGUAAAAAUGAACUUAAACCUAUCAGUAAGAGUGGUCAUAGUGCUAGUAUCUUCGGUGCAAUGCCUUUGGGAGCUACAAUUCUCGAUGGCUUAGAUACUCUUUACAUUAUGGGUAUGGAAGAGGAAUUCAAACAAGCCAGAGAUUGGGUCGCAAAUGAACUGGAUGUUGAACAAGUGGUUUCAGACGUGUCUGUUUUCGAAGUAAACAUCAGAUUUGUGGGUGGAAUGUUGGCGUGCUUUGCACUUACCGGUGAUACCGUUUUCCGUGACAAAGCCCAGCAAAUCGCCGACAAAUUAUUGCCUGCUUUCAACACCCCCACAGGCAUACCUAGCGCUUUGGUCAAUUUCAAGUCUGGGACAAGCAAAAACUACGGCUGGGUUAACGGUGGUUCAAGCAUUCUAUCUGAAUUUGGUACUCUCCAUCUAGAAAUGACCUACCUCAGCGACGUCACUGGCAAGCAGAUUUAUAGGAAUAAAGUAGAUCACAUCAGGAAAGUAUUACAAGAUUUGGACAAACCCAAUGGCCUCUAUCCCAACUAUUUAAAUCCUAAAACAGGAAAAUGGGGACAACAUCAUAUGUCAAUAGGAGCAUUGGGUGAUAGUUUUUACGAAUAUUUAUUAAAAGCAUGGCUGCAAUCUAACAAAGAAGAUAACGAAGCCAGACAAAUGUUUGAUGAUUCGAUGGCAGCUAUUUUCCAACACAUGUUGAAGACUUCAACGAAUGGACUUAUGUAUUUUGCUGAAUUGAAAUUCGAUCGACCCGAACAUAAAAUGGACCAUCUAGCAUGUUUUUCAGGUGGAUUACUAGGACUUGCUUCCAAAACGUUAAGCAACGAACAAUCGAAUAAAUAUAUGAAAGUAGCAGAAGAAAUCACACGCACUUGUCACGAAUCUUAUGAUCGUACGCCAACCAAACUUGGUCCAGAAUCGUUUAGAUUCACCGAAGGAUCUGAAGCCCGUGCUUUGAAAACAUCAGAAAAAUAUUACAUACUCAGACCAGAAGUAAUAGAAAGUUAUUUCUAUAUGUAUAGGUUAACUAAAGAUAACAAAUAUAGAGAAUGGGCUUGGGAAGCAGUACAAGCAUUAGAGAAACAUUGUAGGACACCCGGUGGGUACACAGGACUUAAAAACGUUUAUUCGGAAGAGCCGCAACAAGAUGAUGUACAACAAAGUUUCUUUUUGGCCGAAACUUUGAAGUAUCUUUACUUAAUUUAUUCAGACGACAGUUUACUAUCGCUUGACGAAUGGGUAUUCAACACAGAAGCCCAUCCGUUGCCAAUAAAAGGCGUCAACCCAUUUUACAGGGAGUCCACACAUUAACACCCGAAAUUUCAAUUCAAUUAAACGACUGAUAUAUAGAAACAAUUAACUAAUUUAUUUGAACAGAUGAGAGAAAUAAUAUAUUUAGAUUUAUAAAUGUGUAUAUACAAUGUGUCUAAAAUUUUUCGCUAGUGAUAAGACUCAAAUUUUCAAUUUCCCAAUUGAAACUGAGAAUUUGACUGCGGAUACUGUUUUUGCUCUUAUAUCUGAUCAAAUCUUUUUACGCGAUUUAUUUUUAUACUUUUACUCAAUGAAUUGCGUUUUAUAGGAAAUUAUUAAAAUAUGUAAUGUAUACUGAUGUUUUUGUCGGUAUACAAUGUUGCCAAAUAAUGAGGUAGGUACUUUCACUGCCAGUACGUUAAAUUUGGGACACAAUGUAUUAGCUAAUUAAUGGGAAAUGAUUGGGAUAUUGUAAAAAAGGUAAAAAUAUUUGUAUAUUAAAAAGAAUUUGUCGUGUGUUUGAUUGUUGGUGUGUGUGAUUGUUGCGUGUGAGUAUUUCUAUUAUCUUGAUUUAAUAAAUAAAAAAGAAACACAAGUUGGACACUUUGUAAAUAAUAUUAGAGAUGUACCAUCGUUUUUAGAACAGCUCUGUCUGAUAGCACAAAUUAGAAACAAUUUAUGUAGUUAUUAUUAAUAUAAAAAGUCGAAAACAAGACAGAUCUGCUUUACUAUACUUUACAUAGAGAAAUAUGCAUUUUUCACAAUCUUCACUAGUUUAAAUUAUUUCUAGGUUAUAUUUUUUUAUACAGGGUGCGGCAGCAUAACUUCCUUUUUUCAAAAGUUAAUAAAACUUAUUGUAUGAAUCAGAAAAUUUUUAUUCGUUUUUUAUAAUACAGGCACAUACAUAAAGUUUUGUUUUACUGAGUUUUGAAGAUCAAAUCAGUUAGGUGACGUCCCCCAUUCUCCAUACACUGAGUAAACCGAUUUCUGGCGUUUGUCAUGACUCUUGCCAGCAUAGCAGGCGUUAUGUUGGCAAUUUCUUCCUGGAUGUUCGUCUUCAAAUCUUGUAGGGUCCUUGGACGGUUCACAUACACACGGGAUUUCAAAAAACCCCAUAGGAAAUAAUCACAAGGGGUCAAAUCGGGAGAGCGGGCUGGCCACUCCAAAUCGCCCCUAAUUGAGAUAAGGCGCUCUGGGAAGUGUUCCCUCAAAACAGCCAUCGAUGUUCUUGAAGUGUGUGCCGUUGCUCCGUCUUGUUGGAACCAAGUGUCCCCUAAGUCCAACUCAUCUAGCCGUGGGAAAAAAAAUUCCUGUAACAUGUUUACAUACCGGUGCGAAUUCACUGUCACUGUGACUUCAUUUUCCUCAAAGAACCAGGGACCAAUAAUUCCACGUGAGUAAAUUGCACACCACACUGUGACUUUAGGUGAAUGCAAAGGCCGUUGAUGCAAUUGUCGAGGAUUGGUAUCAGCCCAGUAGCGCAUGUUUUGUUUGUUUACGGAUCCACACAAAUGAAAAUGGGCUUCAUCACUAAAAAAAACAAUAGCGUCCUCAGGAACGACUUCCAGAAAAACCUCACACGCGUUCCUCCGAGAAUUGAAGUCACGUUCAGAAAGUUCCUGCACAAUUGCCAUCUUGUAUGGAUGAAAAUGAAGAUCAUCAUGAAGUAUUCUCCUCACAGAACGAUCGGAAAGUCCAAGGGCAGACGCAUGUUUGCGCGCAGAACGCCGUGGUGAUCGCAACACUGAAGUUCUAACUAACUCAAUGUUCUCCGGUGAUCUAAUGGGCCGAGGGACUCCAGUUCUUCGUCUUGUCACACUUGCAGUUUGUCUGAACGUAGUGACCCACGUAACAAUUGAUUUCCGGUCCGGGACAGGGGCCAAGGGGGCUAAAUUAAAGCGAUUCCGAAAGGCGCGCUGGGUUGCGAUCACAGAACAUCCGCUCGAAAAGUAAACCUCAACGGCAAACGCACGCUGCUCACUGUUCCAACGCAUGAUGGCGACUGAACUGUGCCGGGACAAAACUUUAUAGUCCCCCCUCUCGAACGAGACCACUAGCACUCCGUUACGACAUCUACCGACUAAAUGGCGAACUUUUUAAAAAAGGAAGUUAUGCUGCCGCACCCUGUAUAUCCAUAAAUCAUUGCAAUAACCACUAGAGGUCCUGUUGUAGGGUUAAGUCUCCAAAAUGUUAUUUCAAAUUUCCCUGUAUGUUUGGGAGUUUUGUUAUAAAACUAUUACAAAGCAUCAAUGGUGAAAACACUUUCAGGUUAGGUAAAUUAUUUUAUUUAUAAAAGUUUCUUUAUAAAAAUGUUAAAUUUUAAAUAAAAAAUUAGAAUUCUUUGAUUAUUGAUGUCUGCUUCCUAUGCUUUGUAUUUCGGAAUUUAACUUACAAAGAUUCAUUUACAAAUAGUGAUAAAAAUAAAUAUAUCUAAUUAAUUUACAAGCUACGCAUUUUCUAUUAAUACAUUAAUAUAUUUUUUUCCUAAUUGUCACUUGUCAUUCGAUGUUGAGAAAAGCCAAUUUACAUCAUUCAAUUAGAACGAAUCCCGAAGGAACUAUUUACAAUAAGCUCACACAGCACCUCGCCUCGCCUAUGCGAAUGAUGUGAACAUCAUGGCACAAACCACUUCGGCUCUUUCAGGAGCAGUUGAGGAAUUCGAGUGAACAGUUGAAGCAAGGUCCUAGUUCUCAAAGGACUGUAACGCCGAUUAAAGAAAGAAAAAGAAACAAUUCGAAAAGCUGGUAUUCCUAGCAUGGUAAUAUCCUUUCUAAAAGCAGAUAAUAAAUGGUUCCUCUUUUGAAUUGAUAUUAAUUUAUUUUCCAACAGACAAUUUCAUCUUUAUAGAUAUUUUUAGAAUAAACAUCUUAGAUUUAAAUUUCCAUUUUACCUACUUGCGGUCAAUCUUCAUCUUCCUGAAUUCUCUUUAGAACUUUGUUUAUGUUGCUAUAUUUUUAUGAAAAGGUCAAUUGCUCUUUGGAUGGUUCGUUAAAAGUCAACGAUCGACUUUCUUCCUGAGUUUUGAUUGUGUACACUUAUAUGAUCCGGUGUUAUGGAUAUCUAAGUAACAAACCUCCUAUGAAAAGAGUUUUUGGAAUUAAAUAAUUUACUGUUAAAUAUGUUUCGGGUUUCAAUUAAUAAGAUGCCAAAUCAACUUUGGAUAUAAAACAAAGCCGGUAUCAAAUAGAGAUUUACUUACCUUUGAUCUUCUUCAGUUCACCAAUACUGUAGAAAGCUUCUCUUCUACAGAGCUUCAUUAACAAUUAGAAGUUCUAAUCUGACCGAAGCGUGCAAUCACAACAAGGCCAAUCAGGAAGGUAUUCAGCAGUGGACAUGGAUGAGGGGAACCUAACCGAUCUACGAAACGGGGGGGUAUGCGUAGCCUGAGAGACGAAUGGUCAGUGAUCUAGGGUUAAAGGAAUAAAUAUCAGUAGUAUUAUUCAUUUUACAGGUUCUGAACCAUUCUCAUUGAAUAUCUAUCUUAAUUUCAGCACAAAUGCCUAGGGUUUCUGAUUAUUUAAUAACAGCCCUAGAAAUCCAGUAAUAAAAGAUUAAAGGAAUUCUUGGUGGGGACAUGGGAGAAAAGUGAAUUUAAAAUUUUUUUCUUCGUUGUAAACCUACAAAUAUUAAUUAAUAUUGUCUUGUUUUUGUUAUAUAUUUGUUUCAUAUGAAAUAUGAAUAAUGUUUUCAAUGACACUUUCCAUGUUUCCUUUUUCUAUGAAUAUUUUAUACAAACUGCAAUUACAUCCGUAUAUAUUUUUAUAGAAGAAACAGUUUUUUGUGCUAUUAGACCAAUAAUUAGAUUAGUUUUGUUGCUUUGGUAUUAAUUUGUAAUUGGUCAUCGCUUACAAGGCAUCUCUCUCAUUUUUUUAAUAGUUUCAAUAAAUUUAUACAAUUAUGCUUCUAAAUCGUCUUGAUUUCAGGUCUCUUCUGUUAUAAAAGUAGUUUUUUUUACUUUUUGAAAGACAGAUAAAAAUUUGUCUCUUCGACUACUUUAAUAUUUAUCAAAAUAUUUUGAUAGACUGAAAGUAGUCGAAACAGAAGAGACCUAAAAUGAAGACGUUUUAGAAACAUAAUCAUAUAUGAAAGGUCUAAGAAAUAAUAAAUGAAAUUAAUUCAAACAUAUACAUAUAUACUAUAAACCGUCCACAAGAAAAAAUUGCUUAGCCCCAUAAAUUUUUUAGUAUCCCAUUAACAUUUUUUCAACCUUCGUAUUUUCUACUUCUCAUUCUAUAUAAUUUUAAACAAAGAAGUUCUGGUGAUAUUCAUACUAAACACAUUGUUUACUACCACUACACAACACUCACAAACCCAUCUGGUUUUCGAAUCAGAUAUGUCAGCGAGCUAUAGAAGAACAAGAACUGAACUGAGUACUGAUACAGUGUCAACAAAUGCUGUGGUCAGUAUUAAUUAUGAAGCUCACUAGGUCAAAGAAAAUAUAUAUCUAAAUAACAUUCCACUAUAUCGUUUUUUAUUUCCUAUACAAUUUGUAUGUUAAACAGUAUUAAGAAAAUUGAUUAGUUUUGUAGGGAACAGUCAUCCAGUCACAUUUUUUACUUUAUCCUUUUCUGAGAUAUUGAAAAUUUUUAAUGGUUUUUUCAUAAAAAUUUUGAAAGAAAUUGACAGCAACUGAAAACUAGAAUAAACUUAUUCAUAAAUGAAUACUUACUAUUCUGACACUAAAAUUAUCAUCCUAGCUGCACAAUGAUACUAAUUUUACUUAUCUAAAAAUUUCAAAGAUAAAAUAUUUUCCAAUUAUAGUAGUUAGUGUUAAUUUUAAAUUACAAUAAUCUUGUUUGCCAAAUGGUUCAACUUAAUAUUCAAGCAACUGAUGUUAGAUUGUACCUUAGCUAUAUUAAUAGAAUAAGUCUUAUGAAAUGUACAAUCUUGUAAGGUAUAUAUAUUUUUCACAGUAAGUAGUAAUUGUUCAAACGGUUCCUAAAUACAAUGUGGUUCGAUGUUACGUAAAAAACAAUAACUUAUUUGAUGGUGAAAACCCUUAUAAUAUAAUACGAUACAACUUUGCUGCUUUGAAAAUAGUUUUAAAUAUAAUCUUUAUUCAGACAAUGUAACAAACAUGAAUAAGUAGCUUUGAGGAGGUUUCAAAGUAUUUGUUUCAAUCAAUAAAUUUAACGAUCAUAAGAAUAACUUAUAAUGGUAUUUAGUUAUUUAACUGAAAGUUCUCUUUCUUCAAUUUUUUCUGUUUCAAAUUUGAAUAUAUUUCAACCAAUUAUUGUUCUUGAUUAACCCACAUAUUACGGAAACUUUUUUUAUUAUACCUAUCUUUUUUUAAAGUUGAUAGUUUCACUUUAUUUUAACAUAAAAAAAUAUUUUUUCUGAUUAGCUGUCUGUAUAUAAUAUAUUCUUUUAAAAGGACAGUAGUAAAAUGCAAUACUAUAGAUAAGUGACAAAAAUAUUGUAAGAAAAAAUUUCAAUUAUAACAUUGUAUAAUUUAAACCAUAUUUUUGGUUAUAAUGAAAUAUUGCACUUUCACACAAAAACUGAUUAUUUAUACAAUUAUAUCUUGAAUGUAGAACUGCACUGGGAUUUUGAAUUUUUGGACCCCGUUUUGUCUCCUGGAACGAUUUAAAAACGUUGCAGGCUUCAUUUUUCCUAAAUUCAAGUUGAUCCACUUGCUUAUCUUCUGUUCUGGCUAAUUGCCAUGCGUUCUGAAUAGCCAUGUCAAUACCGUGAGCCAACAAAGGAAAGUACUCUUAUGGAUACACGGUAAAGACUUAUAUUCUGAUCGUUGUGAUCAACUCCGCCCAUGAAAGAAUUAUAAACCUUUAUAUUUUUUUUCUUUCUGAGAAAAACGUUUUACUAAAUGGUAGGGUUCGAUUGAACAAAAAUUGGCCGCAAUUGUCACAAUACUAUUGUCAUGCCAGCGACAAAUCACUAUUCCUGUGUCUUAUCCAACCCGUAUUCAUAAUUGCCUCUUUCAGUUUUUUUCAUAGUUGGAGCACUAAGUAGAGGACACAUUUAAAUUUUGUUGUCUCUUAUGGUAUUAGUAGCAACAAUGACUCUAUUUUUCGAUUCGUGAAGUAAAUGCAUCGAAGUAAAAAAAAUAUCAAAAAAGAAAUGUAAUCUGGUGUUCAGCUAAUUUGUCUGCACAACAUCCACGUACUAUAAAACAACGGUUGCACCUAGUCCAAGAUCUUUGUACGGUUUCGUUAUCACUGAUGAAGUUCCUUGAUAGGGUGUAAAGUAAAAUAGAGUUCCCACCCUCAAUUUGCAACCCCAACUAAUCGGUUUAUUUCGUGAGAUGCCUGUCAAAAUAAGGUACCAUCGCCUCAUCUAUGCAAUGUUCGUGUUCAAAGGAGAAAUUUUUAAAAACCUUGAGUUUAAAUCUUUAUAGAGCCGUACUUUAGAAAACUGAUCUAAUAUGUCUAAGUCAUUAAUGACUUGAGUGAAUCAUUUUCAUUAUAUGCAAAAACCUGUCUCUUGGAAAUUGGUAUCCUCAUGAUUUUCCCAUUACAUAUAUCUUCUUGUCCACUCAGGAUAAGCACACCUAUAAAAUACCUUAUUUCAUUUGCAGUUAAUCGGUUAUUAUAUUUUUCUAUGCCACAUAUCUGUUUGUAAAUUUCGUGAUCAUAUCAAUGACAUCGCCAUCAAAAAAGAAGCUGAAAAGCUGUAUUGGAGUACGUUUUUGUCCAGGUCCGAUUUACAGUUUCCAUCGAGAUCAGCUUUUAGCCAAUUUGCAGAUGUUAGUAUUUCCAGAGCGGGCUCUGACGAUAUUUGUUCUUGAAACGGCUGCUGCUACUGCUGUUGUAAGACUGUAAGGGGUAGAUCUUCCUCUUCGUUGAAAUAGGGGUCGUUUUCUUGUUCUACUUGCCUGUCAAAUAUUACAACAUCGUUUCUGAGCUGACUUCCUGGUAAGUGAUUUAUUGUAGUAUUAUCCUCGUCUCCCGAGUCGCAGUCAGUUACUGAGGAAACAAAAUAAUGCCAACAGGAGCUAUUGGAAUGUCAUCUCUCUCAAAUUCUUCAAUUAACUCGUGUAACUUCAAUGGUCUACUAAAAAAAUGUGAAAGGUUUCUUACUACUACUGUCCUUUUAUAAGAACAUUACAAGUUGCCUAAAAUAGUAAGUAAAAAAGCAGACUACUACAGAGAUUGAGAAUGUUGUGAUGAUUGCUUUUCAUUUUACCAGUAAUCCAAGCAGAGCUUUUAUUUCAUCUUUGUCCGUUGGUCUUGCCGUUCUGUUCCUUUCGAGUAUUGUUUCCUCUCAAUCUCCAUAUUUUCUAUCAUGCCUUCUGUGAUCAAUAACGACCAUAUUUCAGCUGCUACUGUCUUCUGUUUAGCUUCUACUUUUACUCUCGGCAGCUGAGUUAUAAUAUUGUCAGCACGAGUUCUGAUGUUUGAACAUUUUCCUAAAUGUUUCUUCCAUUUGGUGCCAUAUUUUGAUAUGAAGCAAGGCUCACGACUUCAUUCAAAUGCAUCUAUCUCCUUAUCAGAUAUGUCUUGCUCUGUGUCAGAAUUCUCAUCUUGAAUUUAGACAUUAUCUUCUUCAAGACUGCUGCAUCUCAAGGACGCUGGAGUCUUUUAUGUUCGUCUUCAUAACUUCCUGAAGCCAUUUUCUUCAAACAAUUCUAAAUAAAUAAUGGGAUAUGUAAUUGGAUUAGUAAAUAUAUUUAAAAAUUUUUGACCUACUUUUUUUUCAAUGUUAUAAAACUACACUGAAGCUAACGUUUCCUCAAAACCACUGACACGUUUGACACAUGCAACCCACAAUUUUGUAAUGAAGAUACAUGUUUGGGGUAGGAAGGUACUGGAAGCCGUCUGGCUAUAGCGUGGGACAAUCGUAAAUAUUCGGAAAAAUUGUAAACUGUUGGUUAGGUUAGGUUAGGUCGUCUCUGAGACGACAUGUUAGCUUCAGAAGGUUAAAGACACACAUAAAACAAGAUAGAAAUUCUAAAAAGAUUCAAAAUGAUGACAGCGUUGGUUGGCUAUUUUUAAAUAAAAAAAUUAUCUUAUAUGCAAUGUUGUAAUAAAGGUUUUCAUCAUUUGUGUUUACGUGACAACCAUUUUUAAUAUUAUUUGUAAAUAUUAUUGUUGUUUGGGUUGUUAGUAUUUUUACUUUUUACUCUUUAUUAAUAUCAAAAAAUAAAGUAACGUCUCGUUAAGUACAUAAUGUUGGACCAAGCAAUUCAUGUCUUAUGAAUUCCUAAGGCCUUACACAGUAGUUGCAUUUCAAAACAUUCGUUUUUGUGUGAAUAUUUCGGUCGUUACAGAAUUUUUUGAAUAUAAAUAAUAUUCCAAGGAGACUCAAAGUCUUCUGUUAAUUUUUAAAACAAUUAUUUUCACAAAACAAAAAAAAGUAGGUAGAAAACAUGAUGAAAUUAUAGAAUCGCUCAAUUUUUUGAGUAAUAGAGUUGUAAAAAUGCACUAAUUUUUUUUAAUUCAAAUUAAUAUUUAAAGUAUUGUUUAUUCUUGGCAAUUUAUUAAUGUUUUGGUUUAUAGAAAUUCGAAUGAAUGAAUUUAUUAUUAAAUUUUUUUAACUCCAA